AGGCCUUUAGGGAACGACGAUCGGUUCGCAGGUGUCGCGUCCACCACCUUGACCGUCGUUUGUAUUUUUAAAUGUACUCUAUGCCAUUUGGACGACUCGAAAAUAGUCGCCAUCCUCGCCCACUGGCACACAGUGUCUCCGUAGACGGCGGACCGCGAGAUUCUGCGUUCCCGUCCUCGAGGUUCAACAUUAAAAUUCCGUGAUUCGCGGGAAAGUACACUUUUUUUUUUUCCUUCUCUUUUUUAUGCGAAGAUUUUACCGAAUUCGAGUUUGUAACGUCGAUAACAGGACGCGGGGUAAUUCGACCGGAAAUUAAUUACCAAUCAUCAGUCAACGGGUUAUUCUUCGAGCCUGGUAAUUUGGAAAAUCCUAUAAUGUGCUCGUGAUGGAGAAACGUGGAGUAGUAUUUCAAGGGGGUCCCGGAUAUCUGAAGCGUGCGAACAGUGAUCGGCUCUAUGAAAUCUUCAACCAGUAUGCCUCGCAGGAGAAGGAUGGCGAGAGAUUCAUGACCCCUUGCGACUUUGUACGAACUUACCUUGGCCUUUACAAGGAUGCCGAUUACAAUCCCGAUUCCGUCAGACUCCUCGCUGGCAUCGUCGACACCAGCAAAGAUGGGCUCAUCUCGUUCACCGAAUUUCAGGCGUUCGAGGGCCUCCUCUGCGUGCCGGACGCCCUCUAUAAGACUGCCUUCCAACUAUUCGACACUAAUGGAAAUGGAAUGGUUGCGUUUGACGAGUUCGCUGAGGUGAUGAAGAAGACCGUUCUGCACCAAAGGAUGCCGUUCAACAUGGAGAGCAGUUUUAUCAAGCUGUACUUCGGGAAGGACAAGAAGAGACUCAUUAGCUAUGCAGAAUUCAGUCAGUUCCUUCACGACUUCCACGAGGAGUACGCGACGGAGGCCUUCAAGAAAUUCGACAAGGAGGGCACGGGUUUCAUCUCGGCGAUGGACUUCCACGAGAUCAUGCUUAGUAUUAAGAGCCAUCUGCUCACCAAGGAGGUGAAACGAAAUCUCGUCGCGGCAGUGAAUAUCGGUCAGUCCGGGAGGAAAGUAAGUUUUCCGUACUUCAUGGCGUUUAACUCGCUACUCAAUAACAUGGAGCUGAUCAAACGUAUCUACCUGAAUGCAACCAACGGCCACAGGAAUCAGGAAGUCACCAAAGAGGAGUUCCUCCAUUCGGCGCAGAUGAUGUCGCAGAUCACGCCCUUGGAGGUGGACAUCCUCUUCCACCUGUGCGACCUGCUCCACCAGACCGGGAAAAUCGUCUACAACGACCUCGUGGUGAUCACGCCGGAGCAGUAUUUCAAGCAGAUCACUAAACGACUGGCGGAGAUCAAAGCCGUGUCGAGCCCGGAGGAACGUGGCGUGUUCAUCCAAAUCCUGGAGAGCGGCUAUCGGUUUGUACUUGGUUCCGUUGGAGGAGCCGUCGGAGCCACGGCGGUCUAUCCGAUAGAUCUGGUGAAGACUCGAAUGCAAAACCAGAGGACGGGCUCCUUCAUCGGCGAACUCAUGUACAAGAAUAGCAUUGACUGUUGCAAAAAGGUCAUCCGACACGAGGGCUUCUUCGGGCUCUACAGAGGACUGGUGCCUCAGUUGAUGGGAGUCGCCCCUGAAAAGGCGAUCAAGCUCACCGUAAACGACUUCGUGCGCGACAAGUUCAUGGACAAGAAUGGAAACCUCCCGUUGGCCGGGGAGAUCAUCUCCGGGGCUUGCGCCGGAGGCUCGCAGGUGAUCUUCACGAAUCCCCUGGAAAUAGUGAAGAUACGACUCCAGGUCGCCGGAGAGAUAGCUGGAGGGUCCAAGGUCAAGGCGUGGUCGGUGGUCAAGGAGCUGGGUCUCUUCGGGCUUUACAAGGGGGCUAGAGCUUGCUUUUUACGAGACGUACCGUUCAGUGCGAUAUACUUCCCCAUGUAUGCGCACACGAAAGCACAAAUGGCCGACGAGGGAGGGUACAACACCCCGUUGUCGCUCCUCGCUUCUGGGGCCAUCGCUGGAGUACCUGCGGCUGCUCUGGUUACACCUGCUGACGUCAUCAAGACUAGAUUACAGGUCGUCGCGAGGCAAGGCCAGACGACGUACAAUGGACUCGUGGACUGUGCACGAAAGAUUUACAAGGAGGAGGGUGCGAGAGCUUUCUGGAAAGGCGCAUCAGCUCGAGUAUUCAGAUCGUCCCCCCAAUUCGGAGUCACCCUGUUCACCUACGAAUUACUGCAAAGGCUGUUCGUCGUCGAUUUUGGAGGAUCCCGGCCAACCGGCUCGGAGCAGAAGGUCCCCGUCAUGGGAGUGGCGGACGAGAUUCGUUCUACCAACCCGGACCACAUCGGUGGCUAUCAAGUAGCUCUGCCCAUCUUCACAGGGAUCGAGACCAAGUUCGGUCUCUGCUUGCCCAAGUUCCAGGCGGCUAUUGGGCAUUAACAUCGUGCUAGGUGCUGCUAGAGGAGCUUUUAGCGACCUAGACCUCCCAGUAGUGUAUCUAUUUGCCGCCAGGGCGGCCCUAAAUCGGCCGAGCUAGGCGAAUCUCGCAACUACCGAACUGCGUCGGUCAUCGCGGAAGUAUCUCGGCAGAGCAACUCGGAGACGUCGCUAUUCCCCGGAUUCCUAGCUAGAAGAGCUCCCAGAAGAGUUUACAAUGUUCGGCUAUGAUUGGCGGUAGAGUUCGCUCGCGAUAACGCUAUGAUAAGACCUGCGAUGAAGAGAGACGGUUCGCCCUAUCUGGAGUUUAAUUAGAAUCGAGAAUUUGUUCAUUUAAGAAAUUAUGCGAUCCUAGGCCGAGAGAGACAGGUCUUAGGGUCUCUGGAAUUUAAUUCAAGCCGAUGAUUUCUUCAUUUCCUACCUCGUACAAUUUAAUCCGGAGGAAGACAGGUCGCAGAGUUUGUGGAAAUCUUUAAAGCCGUCUCUCGAUUCAUCUCUGGUAGAACCUCGUUUCCAUCAACGUUCGAUAAAAAAGAUAAACAACGUCGACACUCCUGAUGAGGCCAACGAAGUACAAAAUGGUUCCAAGGGAUUACGAGUACCCACUGACGUUCGUAAUUGUAAUACGGAUCGAUGUAUCAUGGUAUUGCGAUAGGGAAGAGCGUCGUUUACGGUAUUUGCAAUUUUCUUCAUGUGAAAGGUGCAAAUAGGUCGGCAUUCCUCGAUUGAACACGCGAAUUAUAUAUUUUAGCGCGUUUAAUUGCAAUUUUAUGACUACAUCGUCCGACUCCGAUGUCGGUUUUCGUAUCUGCGAACAUGGGCGAGUUUUUUUUUCUUUUUCUUCUUUUCGAGUACGCGAAGAGUUCGAAGCGAGUCCAACUGCGUUUCUUUUAAAGGCUGAGAACACCAAUCUGUCCUCGAUUAAUUGUUCGAUAAUGGCACACUCGCUAAUGCAACAUUUCCGUCUGCAAUUCUCCUCGCUCGAGUGGAUUCUUUCAAGUUCGUGCGGUCGCCAUUUUCAAAUGUGGCGCCAUCUGUCCGGCGCUCUGGUGCGAUAGUCAAGGGAAUAAUUGAAAUGGUUUUGCGAGUGUAGCUCCUUUAUGUAUGUCGAAAAAAAAAAAAAAAAAUUGUAACGUGUAAUUUUCUAUGUGACAAUGCAGCAGCGAUCGCACGAAUUUGUCAUAUCUUCGAUCCUUAAGCGUGGGCUUUAACUUUUGUAGAGCUUGGUCGUCGACAAUGCGACGUAACAAAGGAAUCUCGCAAGUGCACGCUUUUUUACCUCCCAAAACGUCCGAAAUAGAAACGAGGGCUGUGUUUAUCCUCCGAGAGAUGAAUGUGUAUCCGUGCAUAAUUAAACAAUUGCCAAUAGACGAGGUAAAUUUCGCGGCAUCUUAUCGGAACCUUUAUCAGCCAAAGAGGCGCUCCUCUUGCGCGACCUUUUCAAGGAGACGCGGAAGUGGCGUCGAAGGUCUCGUUUAUUAAGCCUUGAAUAUUCUAAGACCUUGUACGCUUAAAAGUAAAGCAGAUUUGCAUCGAUAACGCGAUAUGCAAUUUUAAUUUCAAUUUAUGCUCCGAACAAAAUUAUUCCAUUAUUUUAGAAAUGGCGCAACGACAUUUCCCUUCGUAAAUUGCUCAGUUAUCAGAAAUUGGAGGCGUUGUAUUGUUUCUUUCUUUUAUANUAUAUAUAUCUUGUUUGGUAAUUUCUUUCCCUUCUUUUCUUUUUAUUUUGGAUCCUCGUACUAAACCGAUCGACGUACUGAAAUCAGAGGGAAACAAACGGCCACGCAAUUGCACAAAGUAUAAGCAAGCGAGGAAUAAAUCUAUUUUACGAAGCAUUACGAAUUUCCAAUAAUCGAUGCGUUAGUUUUCAACUAGUUAUCGUUGGUCUCGGCUCGUUGGCAUAUUAGGGAAUUUUUCUUAAACGAUAUCGCGACAUGCUUAAACUAUAAAACAAGGCGCAAUUAAUUUUUCCGCGUCUUGUAUGUGGUCUAAUCACUGAUAGAACUCGGCAGAGUUUCCAGCCAAAUAUAUUUGUGCGAUCAUGUCAUAGAUGUUACACCGGACAUUGAAACAGUAAUUUGAAACGUUCGUUUAAUAAAUAAUUCUGGGUAGGAAAAUAUAAAUAUAUCUUUUUAUUCAAUUUAAAGAGAGGUUUAAUGAAAAUUCCUUAAUGGCCGACGUUCUAUACGAUCUGUGAUUAAAAUCGAGAAUCUUGUUAUAUCGAAGGCUCCUAGAUUGUAAGUUUAUCAAUUUGACUUUCAUCUACACUACCCAGCCGUAAUCUUUGAUAAUCUAGAUUUACCUCAUUGCGAAUUGUAAAGAUAUAUAUAUAUAUACACACACACGUAUACAGAACUGUAAAUCAAAACUUAACUGUGAAUAUCUAUACUGCUGUGCAUACAUUUUAAAAUAGAAAUAAAUACUAUUUAAGCGA